GUUGUCCGAGGCGCUGUCAGGGGAGGAAUCCCGGCUCCUGGCCCUCGCCUCGCCGCGUCAUUGAUGGGCAACCAACUGGACCGCAUCACCCACCUCAACUACAGCGAGUUGCCCACAGGGGACCCGUCGGGGAUCGAGAAGGACGAGCUACGAGUUGGGGUCGCCUACUUCUUCUCGGAUGAGGAGGAGGACCUGGACGAACGCGGCCAGCCCGACAAGUUCGGCGUGAAGGGCCCCCCGGGCUGCACCCCGUGCCCAGAGAGCCCCAGCCGCCACCGCCACCACCUGCUGCACCAGCUGGUCCUCAACGAAACUCAGUUCUCCGCCUUCCGGGGGCAGGAAUGCAUCUUUUCCAAAGUGAGCGGCGGCCCUCAGGGCGCCGACCUGAGCGUCUACGCUGUCACCGCGCUGCCCGCGCUCUGCGAGCCGGGCGACCUGCUGGAGCUGCUGUGGCUGCAGCCGGCGCCCGAGCCGCCCGCCCCCGCCCCCGCCCCGCACUGGGCCGUCUAUGUGGGUGGCGGGCAGAUCAUCCACCUGCACCAAGGCGAGAUCCGCCAGGACAGCCUGUACGAGGCGGGCGCGGCCAACGUGGGCCGGGUGGUGAAUAGCUGGUACCGCUACCGCCCGCUGGUGGCCGAGCUGGUGGUGCAGAACGCCUGCGGCCACCUGGGCCUCAAGAGCGAGGAGAUCUGCUGGACGAACUCGGAGAGCUUCGCCGCCUGGUGCCGCUUUGGUAAGCGGGAGUUCAAGGCGGGAGGGGAGGUGCCGGCCGGCACGCAGCCCCCGCAGCAGCAGUACUAUCUCAAGGUGCACCUGGGCGAGAACAAGGUGCACACGGCCAGGUUUCACAGCCUGGAAGACCUCAUCCGCGAGAAGCGCCGCAUCGACGCCAGCGGCCGCCUGCGAGUGCUCCAGGAGCUCGCCGACCUCGUGGACGACAAGGAGUAG